AUGCAAGAGCCCACACCACCCGGCUCGGCAGAUGGCACGUCGCCCGUCCGCUCGCAGGGCAGGAAGCCGUCGCCUGCCGACUUUAUGUUUGGCACGACGCUCGGUGAAGGCGCAUACGCUCGAGUGGUGCACUCGCGCAUGAAGGACACUGGCGUGGAGUAUGCCGUCAAGAUCAUGGAAAAGCGCUUUAUUCGCAAGGAGAAGAAGGUCAAGUUUGUCAUGAUGGAGCGCAAAGUGUUUUCCAAGAUCUCGCACGAGCGAGUGGUCAAGCUCUUUUUUACGUUCCAGGACAAUAGCUACUUGUACAUGGUGAUGGAGCUCUGUCGAGGGGGCGAGCUGCUUGAUGUCAUUACUAAGCAUCAAAAGAUACAGGCUGCUGCAGGCUAUACCGAUCGUGCGUGCUCCCUUGAGCUGACGCGAUUCUAUAUUGCGGAGGUGGUUGUCGCGCUCGAGUACUUGCACAAGAACGGUGUGAUCCAUCGCGAUCUCAAGCCGGAGAAUAUUCUUCUUAGCGAUGAUGGCCAUCUUAAGGUGACGGACUUUGGUACAGCAAAGGAUGAGACAGAAGAGAGUCGGCACAACACGUUUUGCGGUACGGCUGAAUACGUAUCACCUGAAGUGUUGCGCGACCAGGAAGCGUCGCGAGGUUGUGAUCUGUGGGCCAUGGCUUGCAUGGUGUUUCAGCUGCUCGUCGGUCGACCCAUUUUUCGGGCCGAGAACGAGUACCUGACGUUCCAGCAGAUUUUGAAUCAUCCUGCCGAGGACUUUGCGUACCCGUCAGGAUUCCCUUCAGUCGCACAGGAUCUGGUCGACCGCAUUCUCGUACAGGAGCCUAGUAAACGUCUUGGCGCCGGGACAGAUGAAGACGGGACUGGAUAUAUCGCAUUGAAGUCGCAUCCGUUUUUUGACGGCAUCGAGUGGGACUCGGUUGGAUACACGCAGCCGCCGUACGUGCCGGAGAUCAAUCGGCUGCCGCCUACAGAUUAUGAUGGCGCGACUGAAGACUGGCUGUUCGCCGGUGUGGCGACCGAGUUGCAGGUUUCGUCGGGACUGGCACUGGACCCUCCGCCUUCUCCGGCUGAGCAUGUGGACGUUGUGGAAGUGGCCCGGCAGAAGGCUGCAAUACCGCCUGCAAUGCGGCGUACGAGCUCGCUUUGGAACCGGUUUUUGCUGGAUGAUGAGCUGAUCAAGAUGGGCGGGCUCAUCAGCAAGCGCAAGGGGCUCUUCUCGAAGAAACGUCAGUUGAUUCUGACAUCGAAGCCUCGUUUGAUCUACAUUGACCCCAUUAGAAUGAAGCAAAAGGGCGAGAUUCCGUGGUCAGAGAGUCUCUACGUGAACUCAAAGAGCGCGACUGCGUUUGACGUCGUGACGCCGAACCGGGUGUACCAUCUGAAUGAUCUCGUCAACGGGUCAAAGAAGUGGAUUGAGGCCAUUAAUGCUGCGCUUGUGCAUAGAAUGUAA